GCUUGUGCUCGCGCCACGCGAGAGGCGGGCUCGAGUCUGAUGCAAUGCUGAUGGAGUGAGGCAGCUCCCUGGAAUUAGAGCUCUAAUUAAAACUAAACAGGGAUUUCACAUAUUUAUUGGUAACUUGUCUUUAAACCCGAGGAUUUAUCUCAGUGGAAGUAAUAAACGAUAGAUAAUGCCCUUAAUCAGAUCGAUGAGUAAAGCAGCACGGCAGCUCCUCCUGACUCCAGCAUGUGGGUGUGAACCGCUGUCUCGCUCUGUGAGGAACAUCAGUGCCUUAUCACGCCAGGUGACAUCAUCUGAUGCCAGCUUUCACUCCAUCUCCUUCUCAGAGACUGACCACCCCAAGGUUCUCAUCACAGGUGGACUGGGACAGCUGGGGGUGGGCCUUGCUACACUGCUUAGGAAAAAAUUUGGAAACAAGAAUGUAAUUCUUUCAGACAUCAGGAUGCCCCCAAGUCAUGUUUCCCGCAGUGGUCCUUUUAUCUACGCUGAUAUUCUGGAUUACAAGAAUUUACGGGAGAUUGUUGUGAACAAUCGUAUCACAUGGCUGGUGCACUACAGUGCCCUUUUGAGUGCAGUUGGCGAGGCAAAUGUGACUCUUGCUCGUGAUGUCAACAUAACUGGAUUGCACAAUAUCCUUGACAUCUGUGCGCAACAUGGAGUUCGCCUGUUUGUUCCUAGCACAAUUGGAGCUUUUGGACCCACGUCCCCUCGUAACCCCACUCCAGACCUGUGCAUUCAGCGCCCAAGAACCAUUUAUGGAGUGUCGAAGGUCCAUGCGGAGCUGAUGGGAGAGUAUUACCAUCACAAAUAUGGCCUUGACUUCCGUUGUCUGAGGUACCCAGGCAUCAUCUCAGCAGACUCUCAGCCUGGAGGAGGAACGACAGACUAUGCUGUCCAGAUCUUUCAUGAUGCUGUUAAAAUGGGUAAAUUUGUAUGCAACUUGAAGGCUGACACACGCCUCCCUAUGAUGUUCAUUGACGAUUGUCUGAGAGCUACACUGGAGGUACUGGAGGCUCCUGCUGAGACGCUCAGCAUGCGUACCUACAACAUCAAUGCCAUGAGCUUCACUCCUGAAGAGCUUGUUCAGGAGGUACAGAAGCAGCUGCCUGACCUGCGCGUCAUUUAUGACGUUGACCUGAUUAGACAGGCAAUUGCCGACAGUUGGCCCAUGAACUUUGAUGACAGCAAUGCGAGGAAAGAUUGGGGUUGGAAGCAUGACUAUGACCUACCAGAACUCAUCCAGACGAUGUUCAGCAUCAUCAGCCCUGAUUCCAGACUUACACAUGCUAACUGAUCAUGAUGAUUUGAUUAGAGCACUGUGCAUACUCAGACAUGCUGGUACACUAGAUCCAACCAAAGAAACAGUUUGUUUUGAUCUUUUGUGUCUAGAGUGAGGAUGGGCAUUGAAUUACAUGACAGUCUCCUGAAUCUUGCUGGACCACUGUACCAAAAUGUGGUGCCAGUAAAGUCAGGUGACUGGAAAUAGGGAACUUGUUUCUAGAUACUUGGAAUGUAGCCCUACAAGUAUGUCAAAUGUGAACAUGCCUUGACAAACAACUCCUAUAUUUGUAACAGAUGAUAAAGACAAGUCAUCCAUUCA